AUGAGUGUCCUUGGGGAUGAUCCAUUUGUAAACGGUGGUGAAACAUCAUCUGAAACCAAAUUCUCAACCACAAAAACCAAGCUCACUGAUAUUCAAGACAAUCAAAAUUCAGCUGAUGAAUUCCACCCAGCGGCCUAUUGCUACAUAUCUGAUCAAAAAGUGCAUUUCACCCCUAUUGACGAUGAUUCAGAUGAGGAGGAUAAUAACAGAGUAUCUGCUACUUUCCAAAAGACACCUUUGUUGAAGUAUGAUGCUGAUUAUUUGCCAGAUAAGCUUUAUCUAAAGAAUAAGAAUUUCCUUUACUCGUUGAACAAUCCUUCCAUUUCCGACGUUGAGACUGAUACAAAUACCAACCUGAUUACCUCAAAUGGAAAUAAUUUGUCAUCCCCUUCAGCAGAUCCCUCAUCCACGGCUCAAUUCCAACCUUCACCCUCAUCAAGAUCACCAUCACCAAAUCCAGUAGCCAAUAAUGCUGCUAAAAAAACAUGUUUGUACUUUCCGAAAUACGUUAUAAAUCUUGCAGAGAAUCUUGAAACUGAUUUUGCCCAAUUGAAACGUUUGAUUGUGAGAGUGUUCCCACAGUGGACAGAUACUACGAAACUUGAAAUGAAUCAAUUGACCGGAGGUAUCACAAAUAUGCUACUUUCAUGCACUUACAACAAAGAGUCAACUAUCUUGAUUCGAGUAUAUGGCCAUGGAACAAAUUUGAUUAUUGACCGACAUAGGGAGUUUAUUUCACAUUUGAUCCUAAACUCAAUUGAUUUAGCGCCAACUGUAUUUGCCAGAUUCAAGAACGGGCUUAUAUAUGGAUAUCUUUCUGGAAGGUCAUUGAAACCGGAAGAAUUGAGUAAGGAAGCUUUGUAUCCUUUCAUUGCACAACAAUUGGGCAAUUGGCACAAGUCAUUAAAUUACAAGUUGAUCGAAGAAGGUGUUGAUAAAAUAAGAACUUUGAGAAUUGGCGCCAGAAGGAAUUCCGUAAGCAAGAAAAAACUGGCCAAAAAGAAACGAUUCAUUUCCAACAUAUGGGAAUUAAUUGAUGAUUGGAUUGAAAUUGUUCCGAUUAAUCCUGAGUUGAUAGCUUCGUUCCAACAACAUUUAAAUGAGGAUGUAAACGAAGGAAACUUGAAAGAAGUGGUCAAGAAGGAGUUUUACUGGUUAAAAUCUGUUCUUGAAGAGGUGAACUCACCGAUUGUAUCUUGUCACUGUGACUUGUUGUCCGGUAAUGUUAUUGUCCCCGAUGAUAUUGACUCCAAAAUUCACCCUGGACAAUUACUACCGUCAGUUGAACAAAAUCCGAUUCAAUUUAUCGACUAUGAAUACAUGCUUCCAGCACCUAGAGCUUUUGAUAUAGCCAAUCAUUUGGCAGAAUGGCAAGGUUUCAACUGUAACCGAAAUGCAAUUCCUGAACCUACUAUUGUAAACCCCGUGAUUUUAAAAUGGUGUGAAAGUUAUCUAGACACUUCUCAGUCCAGUCCAACAGAGAUUGAAACUUUGAUCAACGAAGUAUCCAUGUUUUAUGGUUUGCCUGGAUUUUAUUGGGGUAUAUGGGCCAUGAUUCAAAGCGAGCUUUCAAACAUUGAGUUUGAUUAUGCAAAAUACGGAAAAUUGAGGUUAGAAGAAUAUUGGGAUUGGAAAGCCAAGAAUAAGGAGCGAAUCGAGUCUUACUCAUUUUAA